UUCUCUCUUCUAGGAACCCACUGAUGGAAGAUCUGAGAAGUUCAACUGCAUACUCAUUGUGUCAAGGACUGAAGGAUCCCAAUUGUAAACUAAAGACAAUAUCGUUGUCCAGCUGCAAACUCUCAUCUGUUUUCCCUGAGGACCUCUCCCCUAAGAUUCUUUUUACAAACCAGUCCCUGGAAAAGCUGGAUCUGAGUUCUAACAAACUGGAAGAUUUAGGACUGAAAUAUCUGUGUGAGGGACUGAAACAUCCAAACUGUAAACUACAGAAACUGCUGUUGUGGCAGUGCCAUCUCACAGCUGCUUGCUGUGGGGAUCUCUCUGCUGCCCUCAGUACAAACCAGUCCCUGACUGAGCUGGAGCUGAGUGGGAAUAAACUGGGAGAUUCAGGAAUUAAACUUCUGUGUGAAGGACUGAAACAUCCCAGCUGUAAAGUGCAGAAAUUAGUGUAAGUCAUUGCUGGGUUCCUU